GCCAUGUUAUAUCCACUGAAGUACUUGCAAUGCGAUCAUUGUCAGGGAGCGUUGCUCUCGGUUUGGGGCUCUUGCUUGGAACAUUUCUGCUGGGCGGGAGCGCGCGCGGACUGCUCGCCGGUGGCUCACCAGCACAAGCUGCCGGAUCGUUUGACUCGAAGGAGGGAUGCGCGACCAUCAUUGAGCAGGGCAUGUACAAAACGUUCUAUGACCGCGGGGCUGCACCGGACGAGUACAUGUCCUUCACAGCGGCUGUGUGCAGCCUGACCCUCACAGCCGACUUGUAUCCUGCUCUGCCAGCCUCCGAGUAUGCCAACUUUCAGCAGGUUGUCGCGCAGCUGGCGCCAAACCUGAAAUCAACGAGAUGGAGUUCCACAUCGGCUUUCCUCGACUACUGGACGGCGACGAACGACCCCGACGUGGCUAGCGCCACAGCAAUGGGCGCAUACGCACCUUACGCAAGGGUGCGGGCGUACGUACUCACCGUGUGCCGUGGCCUUUCAACAGCCUCCGCGCCAGACCUGACAGACACCGAUUUUGAGCUUGCCGGUACGGUUUUGACCACGAGCACGCGCUCCACGUUUAUGAGCUGCGUUCAACUUGAGGCAGCGGGGCUGCAGCUGCUGCGCACUUCAGCCGUCGGCGCCAACCCCUUCACCAUGCGCAUGACCUUUGACGCCUCCACCGCCAGUAAUCCUGCAAGCAUGAUCAAGGUGAUCGAGCCUGUGCUUUCGUCUCCUUCUAGCGCCGUAAGCUGCGCCUUCACCACAGCCAGCGGGAGCACGGUGCAAUGGGAGGAUGACCGCAGUUUCACGCUCCAAGACAAGGCGACUAUCACGGUUUCAUGCAGUAUUGCCCCCGCGGCCUCCAACAACGGUCGCACGACGGCCGUGGCCCUUGGCUUCUACGUGGACGGUAGCUCAGUCAGCUACGCUGCCACGCUGUUUAAUGGGCUACCCUUCCCUCCCCCGCCACCGCGGCCGCCUUCGCCUCCCCCACCUCCGCCGUCUCCUUCACCUCCCCCGCCUCCGGCACCGCCAUCCCCUCCGCCUCCUCCUCCGCCUUCCUGCGAGAGCUCCCUUCGCGGCCAGCCCUGCUAUAAGCUGUACUCACUGGAGAGCGCCGCGUCGCCCCUUCUGGAGCUGGUGGGGGCGCCUGCGGCUGCGCUGCCUGCUGGUGGCGUCCUCGCCCAGAUCCGGGCGCUGCUUGACGCCUUGCACACAGCCAACCAAACGAUCUACAAGCAGGCCGCUCAAAUCGACUCCCUGCAAACCCAGAUCAACGAUCUUAAAUCCAAGGCCGCUCAAGUUGACUCCCUACAAACCCAGAUCAAGAACCUUACGACCAAGGCCGCUCAAGUUGACUCCCUACAAACCCAGAUCAGGGACCUUACGGCCAAGGUGCCGACCUCAUCAUCAUCUGUGGACGUGCUCCGUCUGUGCAUUGGCGAGGUUUGCCUGCAGCAGUCCGCCAGCAACACCGCUAACAGUGACGGGCGCCUGUUCUUUGUGCGCAAGGGCACAUCACUCGCGUCCGUACGCAUCAGCACAGCUGACAUAGAUAUGGACAUCCUGCAAGUGUUUCCCUACCGGGACGGCGGGGAUAACCUGCCGUCGUUUCCCACGUUCUUCUUCGUUAAUCAGUAUACAGAUUUUGGCAUAUAUACUGGUUACUUCAACUCACGCCACACGUACGGGGGAAGGUUGCUGAUCGACAAAGUUUGCAUUGGGGAGUCGUGUCUACGUGCUUCCAGUACAAGCGCCGGCGUUCUGAUGAUCAGUGGCAAGGAUGCCGAUACCCGCCGUACCGCACACUUUGACACACGCCUUGGCGGGAGAGACAUCUUCCGAGUGUACAGGGACCGCGAUGGCAACUACCCAUACUUCUACUACAACAAUGCGAAUGGAUUUGGAACCAACGACGGCGUCACCAACGACCUCUACGCAUGAUGUGGUCUCUGCUAGUCUGCGCGGCCCCUGUCCAGGGAUGGUCUGCUCUGCGCCCUGCUUUUUGCAGCAAGUGCAACGAGUGUAGUGAACGGCAUGGUGAAGAAGAGCCGCGUGGGCGGUUGUGAUUGGCGCGGCACACACAGAGACAAUGCUGGUUGUUAUUACUCAAUGCAAACCUUGUGAGGUGCAGAUCGGUAAAGCUGUGCCCAUAUGAGAAUGUUACGUAAACUGUAACAUCCUGCUACC